UUGAGGAGAAACACUUCACCUCCAGUGUGGUGUUCACGGACGAUAGCAGGCGCCUCCGUCGACGGGAAUAUUUACGUUUUGUAGAUGACAAUGAGCUGAUGGUUGUGGAAGUCUGCGAGACGACGACACAAACAAGAGAGCGGCUGACUGGAAGAUGCCCAGAAAAAAACAACAGAAUCCACAGCCAGUCAAGUUGGAUUCUGAAGAUGGUGUAGCCGUUGACGCUCCAGGAAACCUCCCCUUAGACGCAGACUUCCUUCUUGGACAAGACCUUGAGUUCGGUGAUCCUGAUCAUGACAACAAGAUUCUAGGCUUGGAAAAGUUCUCAGAAGUAGCUGCUGAGAUCGGUUUCUCCGUGUAUCCUCUGGGUGAUGAGGAGAGUUCUGCCUACAGCCAGCUCAGUAUGGAAAGUGAAACAGACAACUCGCGUAGCACGACCGACAACGGGAGGGAGGACGAGGGCAGAGCGGCCCAGUCCGAGCCCAGUUUUCCUCCCUACCUGUCCUGCCGGGGCUGCGGUCAGCUCCGAGACGAACCUCUGGGACCGGGCAUAGACCUGGUCGGUCCGUACUGCCUUAGGUGCUGCAAAGCCUCCAGGGACGCCAAACCUACAGACUUCUGUUCGCCUUUCGGAAGCAUCGGCGGGAUUCGCCCCGGCUCCCAUUCGCAGCUCGACUGUGACGGGCUGGGCAACGGGAUGGGCGACAAGGCAGAGGACAAAUCGCCCAAACUGCACUCGUGUCACCUGUGCGGCUUCUCCUCGCGUUACGCCAACCACGUGAAGCGUCACAUGAAGACGCACAACGGCGAGAAGCCCUUCAACUGCCCUCUGUGCACUUACGCCUCGGCCCAGCUGGUGAACCUGCAGAGACACCUGCGCAUUCACACGGGGGAGAAACCCUACAAAUGCGACAGCUGCACUUUUGCCUGCAGUUCGCUCGGCAACCUCAAGAGGCACCAGCGCAUGCAUGUGCCCAACGCGGGGGCAGGACCGGAGCCUCCGCCACGACCUGCCCCCGGCCAAAACAGCCUGAAGAGACACGUGACUGGACAGAGGCCGAAUGAGGAAGUGUCUGGCGCUUCAGGCAAGGAGGUCGCCAGGCCGACGUCGAACCUCAACUUGGGAGCCCAGAACAGCGACUACCUGUCAGCCUUCGAUGGCUUAAAAGGAGCAUCGCCGCCGCCGAUUCCAGCCUCUAAUCCCGCUCCCGGCCACCACCCUCCACCGCUGCUGGAGACGACGGGCAGCAGUAGCAGCAGGGCGACCAGAGGGGGCGUAGCAGACAGCCCCGCCCUCCCGCCGUCGCUCUUUCCUUUCACUUGCAGGUUGUGCGGCAUCGUGCUGGAGGACGAGGACGGCUCCUCGGCGCAGAUCUGUGCCAAGUGCACCCUUGAAAUGCUGACUAAAGACUCGUCGUCGUCUCCCAACAGCCCCGGCGAGCGCAGCGACAAAGUGUACACCUGCGCCGCCUGCCCCUUCCUCACGCACUACCCCAACCACUUGGCUCGCCACAUGAAAACUCACAGCGGCGAGAAACCGUACAAGUGCCCACAGUGCGACUACGCCUCAGCUCACUUCGACAACCUCAAGCGGCACCACAGGGUGCACACGGGCGAGAAACCCUACAAGUGCCAUUUGUGCGAUUACGCGUGCGGGAACCUGGCCAACCUGAAGCGCCACCAGCGGGUGCACUCUGGCGCCAAACCCUUCCAGUGCGCCGUGUGCAGUUACAGCUGCAACCAGAGCAUGAACCUGAAGCGGCACAUGCUGCGGCACACCGGGGAGAAACCGUACAAAUGUCAGGAGUGCGGCUACACCACCGGCCACUGGGACAACUACAAGAGGCACCAGAAGAAGCACGGCCUGGCCACGGAUGGCUGGGUCAAGGUUCCCAUGACUGGAAACGACGGGGAGGAGGACAGGAGGAAAGGGAUGGGAGGCGGAGUUCAGACUCACAGGAAGGAGGCGGGCGUUGAUAUGCAGUAUAUGCCAAGGGAGGGAGGUCAGACGAUACACUCGUGCUACAAACUUGAGAUUGUAUAAAUUAUAACUCAGCAAAACUAAGCUACCAGCAACUCGACUUUCUUUUUUUAUUUCCACAGAGCCUUUCUAUCGUUUCAGUGUGUGUCGGUCUUUUUAGUGUUUGCGUCUUCUGAGGCUGCUAAUUGUUUGUUUGUAGAAUCUCGCACAAAUAUGAGAAACGUGUUCCGAGUAUUUCGAUGCCUUUAUGGAUUAAGUGAGUCUGUCCAGAGUGUUUCUCAUGUCGAGACGAGUGGACUCCACCGACCGUGUGGGUCCUGGUCGCUGUCUUCUGUAUGUUAGGCUAAUUGUAACACCUCCCUCUCACAGAUCAAUAACAUAUCCUCAUUCUGGGACGCUACCAAAUAUUCCUCAUGACAUGGAUGCACACGUUUGCCUGGACUGUUGAAGCUGCACUGUGUAGUUUUAUAAAUGAUAGUAAAUAUUGGGAGUUUUUUUUUUUUAUUUUUAGCAUAAACGCUCAAUUUGAUCCGCCUGAAUGAUUCCGUUUUGCCGUCUUCCCACGACUGAAGUAUCGACUGACGUUUGGUUUCACGAGGUUGUGAAUAUUUGCUAAUUUCUUCUCGGGCUACACGGUGCAGCUUUAAGCAACGACGGGUCUCCUUUUAAAGGACCUCGUUGUGCUUCGUUUGCUUUCGGAUACAAGCUCUGGUAACGGCAUGCCUUCAGAUUAAUGUAUGUACUACUAUCGAAGUGCUAUUUAAUAGUACUGGAAUUGUUUUAGACUUGAUGAAAUGUAUCAGUAAAUUAAUUUGUGUUAUACUCACGACAACAAACCCGUGUUAUCGUCCUUUCUGCCAAACCCACGAGGAUUAGAAAAAUCUCAUUUGGAAUGUUGGCGAUGGGUAAAAAAAAGUAUUUUUAACACUGAAAUUGCACGAAAAAGCAUUUCUAAAGUCUGUUUUCUGUCUCUGAGUGGUUGUACGGUUAAAUAAAAAGCACAAUCACACUCACGCGGCAGCAUUUCGUCAGAUUUAGGUGUGAAAAGCAGAUUCAUCUCUUGUCUCAAAACGUUUGAGCGUCUCGUUCACAGAAUCCUCCCCCACAAACAUAUCAGUCAUGUUUCGCCUCUUUUUGGGACGUCUUUCAGAGGGAUGCCGUCUGACCGCCUCUGUUUUCAUUACUGUUUACUAUUUACUGUGAAAUUAGCCCAUUCUUGUGUUCUUGUUUUUUUUAUUAAUAUAUAUAUAUAUAUAUACUUGAAAAAAGAUGACACUAUUAGUAAGCAUGUGAGUGUGUAAUAGUCGUUUUAUUUUUCUAACGUGGCUGUAAUACACUGCUAGAAGUGCAUACUUUAAUAUAUAGAACGUUGGUUUUUUUUGUAUUUCUUUGAAUGUGUGACGUGUCAUUUAGUCGCCAUGGGAAAAAUAAGAACUGUGAUUUCAAUUUAACUCUUUGUGAAUGACUAUUAUAUGCAAGUGAGAUAUUUUCCAGGUCGCCAACUUGCUGUGUCACGACGAGCGAUGGAUCAGCGCCGACAUCCCGCAAGUGGCCGUUUGUGUCUUUAUGCAGUGUCUCAUAAAUGCCUUAAGUGAGGAUUUUGAAAUAAAUACAUGGAAUUCAUUUCACUGAAUGUCGGA